CGACUCGACUCGGACGCACACGCUAAUCCAAUUCUUUUCAAAACAAGAAAAGUUUUCGUGCCACAAAAGCUUAUUUGCCAAAUAAUUUUCACUCAGCGACUCGGUUACCCGAACUCAGUCUCGGACGUUCUGACAUUCGAAUUCCUACUCGCAAGGACCGAGUCCCUUCUACACCUUCUCCACCACUUCUAUGUUGGUGUGUCUGAGUUGCAUGUGGUGGAUUUAUCAUGGAAACAGUGGUUGGAGUUGAGAAUAUUGAUGAAUGGAAGUUUGAAGAAAGUGGGUUUUUUGAGAACAGUACCUCUUCUUUGUCUUCGCCCAAGUAUAUUGCCGAUCCAGUUGUAUACAAGCUUGUUCGGGUUGAAGGUGAUGGGAGAUUUGUUCCUGCAACAGAUGAUGAAGUAAUGGAGGUUGAGGAUUUUCUUGUAGAUGACAAAACUGAAAUGCAUGAUGUUGUGGAUGGUGGGAAGAAUGCAGAGUGCUUGUCGAAUGAAGGUUUUGCUAGUGAGAGGCUUCAGUUGGAAAGUUCAGAAGGUUUGCCUGAUUCCAGUAAUGUGAAAGCUGAUGAUGAAAAGUUGACUUCGAGCAUCGAGAAAGUUGUCCCUUCGUCAGCACUGACUGUUGAUGACAAUUGCAAGAAUUUAUCUGGGAGCAUUGAGGAGUUAUCUAAACCUUCAGAUGAACAACUAGAUAUUGGGCCAUCAACUUCUGUUGUUUGUAAUAAUCGAAAACCUGAUUUUUUUAAGUGGAAGGGGGAAAUAUGCUUGGACAACCUCUCAAUUAAAGAACUUCAUGAAUUGUUCAAAGCAACUUUUGGGCGGGAAACUACUGUCAAAGACAAAUUGUGGCUUAAGAGGAGGAUUGCAAUGGGGUUGACUAAUUCUUGUGAUGUUGCAACCACAACUUUCACAAUCAAGGACAACAAAUUGGUCAAUAAGGAAAAUGAAGAAAGCUGUACGAAUGCAGAAGGUAUAUCUGCUAAGGAGUUGGCAGUUGAAGCAAUCAACAGCUCCAAGAAUUCACCAACUAACUGUGAUGCUCAAAUGGAAGAUCAUGAAUUUGUUUCAGGAAAGAGAUUCGAUGACAGUGUUGAGUUUGACUUUGAAACUGAGGAUCUUCACGCAGAACAGAGAGCUGCAAAGAGGGUUAGGAAGCCCACAAAGAGAUAUAUAGAAGAGCUUUCUGAAGCUGAAUCAAGAGACUAUAGCCCAAAAGUGCAUGGCUCUGCCAAACAUAUUGAAUUUGGAUGGACCUCUCCAAAAUCUUGUCUCAGGUCUGUUAAAAGUGUCUCUUUUAAUGAGAGAAUCAUGUUGACACGUUUGGACUCUCUUGGUGGAUCUGGGGUUCAGGUUCCAUGCGUUUCUAGGAUUCGAAGAAGCCGUCCAAGGAAAAAUAUUAAGGCUCUUAUGAGAUUCCAUCCAAGUAGUGUGGGCAUGGCAACUGAAGUGGUGAAGAAGGCCCUUGCAGUACCUAGUUCUGAACCAGAUGGCGAGUUGAUGGAUAGAGUCUCAGAGUCGAUAUCUGUUGCAGAACAGACUGAGCCACUGCUCACCUCUGAUGCAGAAAAUGAUAAUAAGCAAUGUUCUGCCGUUGAUAGAGUUCAAACGAGCAAGAAUUUGGGUCUAAAACAGACAGAUUCAUCUGAAGACAUUUCGGAUGAUAAUAUAACUACUGUUCCCACUGCAAAAGGUGGAAUGAGAAGGAAACAUCAUAGAGCUUGGACUCUAGUUGAGGUUAUGAAGUUAGUGGAAGGUGUAUCCAAAUGUGGUGCUGGGAGAUGGUCUGAAAUUAAAAGACUUGCUUUUGCAUCCUAUUCCUACCGCACUUCUGUUGAUCUUAAGGACAAGUGGAGGAACCUACUGAAAGCUAGCUUUGCACAGACACCUCCUGAUGAGGGUAUGAAUUCCCGGAAACAUGCUUCGGUCCCCAUCCCAGCCCCAAUUUUGCUGCGAGUGAGGCAGCUUGCUGAGAUGCACUCUCAGGCGCCUCCCAAUUCCGGCUCAAACAGCUUGGCCGUAGUUGGUGGGAAAAGUGUGCAUGAAACACGUUCAGGGUACUUGUAACAUUGUAAAUAACUGCCAUUCUAACUGUCUAAAUAGGAAAUAAAGAUACCAAAUUGUAACCCAUGAUAAUCAAAAUAUGUUGUUGAUGCGUUGUAUGGUUUAUACGAUGCUAUGCUUCCUAAUCUAAAUCAAUCGUUCCUAGUUUGGCAAUAGAAAAUGCCGCUGGUUGUUUCACCAA